AUGUCGGCCAACGGCGAAACUGAGCCUCACGGCACGAGCGAGAUCGUUGACACAGGAAAGGGCAAAGGAAAAGCCGUUGAGGACUCAGCUCUAGCGCAAAUGGAGGAGGAUUCUGACGAGGAAAGCGGCGCUGAAGAGCAACCUGAUCCAGAAGAAGACGAGGACGAAGAUAUGGAAGAGAUCGACCCUUCGAACAUCGUCUCAGGACGCACCCGCAACAAACAGAUCGAUUGGGCAGAGGCUGAAGAGAAAUCCAAAGCAGCAGGCGAUGAAUUUGACGACGAGGACGAAGAUGAUGACGAGGACUUCGAAGACCAAGAUGAUGAUGAUGAAAUGAAAGAUUGA